CCUUACUCAGAUCUUUUCCCCAGAUUCAAACACUAAAGGCCUAAACCCUAGACAAAAAGAAAAUCAAAAUCAGAGAAUUUGAAUCCAAGAAAAGGAAAAUUGGAGGAUCAUAUUGUUCUCUUGUUGCGUCGAUUUUCUUCGAUAAAGAGAUCCAAGAAAAUGUCGAAUAAACCGCGAGAGUCGGUCGUGAUCCGAUCCGUUUGGUCGGAAAAUUUGGAUUCCGAAUUCGAGAUAAUCAGAUCCAUAAUCGACGUUUUCCCGAUCAUUUCAAUGGACACAGAGUUUCCAGGAGUUGUCGUCCGAUCGGAGGGCGCCGGCGGCUGCCAUCGCUCCCGUCGAAUUGACGCCACUGAGAAUUACCAAAGCCUCAAAGCGAAUGUUGACAUACUAAAGCUUAUCCAAAUCGGCCUAACGUUAUCAGACGCUGACGGGAAUUUACCAAAUCUCGGCACCGAGAACCGGUACAUUUGGGAGUUCAAUUUCAAAGAUUUCGAUGUGGGGAAUGAUGUACAUGCGCCUGAUUCCGUCGAGCUUCUCCGUCGCCAAGGCAUAGAUUUCGAGAAGAACCUGGAACUUGGGAUCGAGUUGGUCCGGUUCGCGGAACUGAUGAUGUCAUCGGGACUCGUAUUGAACGACGCCGUUACGUGGGUGACUUUCCACUGCGCGUAUGAUUUUGGAUACCUCGUGAAAUGCUUAACCGGUGGGUUAUUGCCUGACCAACUCACUGAGUUUUUGGAACUCGUGCGAGUGUUCUUCGGAGACAGAAUCUACGACGUCAAACACUUGAUGAAAUUCUGCGCUGGAUUACAUGGAGGGCUCGAUCGUGCGUCUACAGAUUUGGGAGUAAAGCGUGCAAUUGGGAAGAGUCAUCAAGCUGGUUCUGAUAGCUUGUUAACAUUGCACGCUUGGUUGAAGAUAAAGGAAAGGUAUUUUGCAAAUGGGGACCCAAUUGAAAAGUAUGCUAAUGUUCUUUAUGGUUUAGAAGUUGACUAAACUUGAAUUCUAGUUAACUUCUUUUUAUGUCUUCUUGUUUGAAAGAAAUUAUCAUUGCUUUUGUAGAUUCUUUGGGCAAUUGUUUUUAGGUAGGUAGAUUUUUGUCAAACUUUAUGGGUUAUUGAUCAAUCAUCAAUACUAAAAGUAGUUCAGUUCAAUAA